AUGUAUGCAGAGGAUUGUGUAUCCCUUCACCUAGUUGGUGUGAAAGGCAAACUCCUCUAUAGGACGAGAGAUUUCAUACAUCAUAAUCAAUUAAGAACAGUAAUUAGAAGGAAUCUCUACAUGGAGCCGAGUUCGUGGAAAGUAAAAAUCGACUUCUGUACCAAUGCAAGUUUGGAGAUGAAGGAAAAAUUCCUUGGAAUAAACAUAGCCAAGAACUACAGGCCAAAUGAGCUUAUAAAUAAAGAGGUCCAUAAAAUACUAGUGUACGAACAAUACCCGGGCGCCAGUUGUACCCUUGGCGACCAGAGGGACGCACACGUCACCCAACCUCUCUCUGCCUCGCUCUUGGACUCUCGGAUCACCACUCAGGAUGCGCGUCCGUUGGACUGUGUUCGUGGCCGUGGUCGUGCUGGCGGCGGGGCGGGGGCGCACACCCUCCACCUCGGCCGCACUUGCCCCAACGUGCAGCCCUUCCCCAACCUCUCGCUCGACAAGGUCCUGGGUGCGUGGUACGUCGUUCACAAAUUCGACACCGACAACACCUGCCUGAUGUGGAACCUGACCCGCGGAGAGCUUCCCGACACGCUGCUGGUGACGGAGACGCGGCAGUUGUCCGUGCUGGACACCUUCGGCGUCGACCACACCCACGCCAUCACCGCCAAGGUCGACAUUCCCAACCCUGAAGUCCCUUCCAAAAUGCGCAUCCGCUGGCCCACGUGUAGGUGCUUCGCUUCCGUCUAAAGUAAAAUGAACAAA